CCUCUGCACUCCCUGCUUACUUACCACUCUCGCCUCCUCUACAAAACCCAUCCACUCAUCCUCCCUCCCCCAGAUCCCACUCGCUCUCCCUCUCAUCAUGUCCUGGCAAACAUACGUCGACUCCAACCUCGUGGGCACCGGCAAGGUCGCCCGCGCCGCUAUCCUCGGCCAGCAGGGCGGUGUCUGGGCGGUAUCGGCGGGAUACAACAUCGCGGCGGACGAGCAAAAGACCAUCAUCGACGCCGUCUCCAAGAUCGAGGCGUCCUUCAAGGAGAACACCAUCCCCGUCAGCUCGCUCACCCUCGCCGGGCGCAAGUUCAUCAUCACGCGCCCCGAGGCGCGCAGUCUCUACGGGCGCAAGCAGCAAGACGGCAUCGUCGUCGUGAAGACGAAACAGGCCAUCCUCGUCGCCGAGUACCAGCCGCCCACCCAGGCCGGCGAGGCCACCGUGGUCGUCGAGGGCCUCGCGGACUACCUCAUCGGCGUCGGCUAUUAGAUUGGACCAUCGCAUUGGCCCCCUCGCAUUGCCUACGCCGAUCAUCGGAUUCAUGGUGAUGGAGGAGGGCGGAAGUAUAUACACAACACAACAACAACAACAACAUGACGGUUCACGUUCGGAAGCUCGGAAGAGGACCAUGUACUAAUGUAUUCGCUCAAGUGACUCUUUGUUUUGUUAAUCAUUUGAAUGUGCUUG